AUGCCUUUCAACUCCGUUUCUGACGCUUUUGAACUCCACCCCGACGUUCGUCGCUUCGUAUGGACCCUCGACCCUCAGUUGCCCGCCGGCGACGCCGCGUUGACGAGGGAGGUGUUCGAGACGUCGAAGGCGCUCGAGGACUUCGCCGCGAGCGAUUGCUGGUCGUUGGGCGGCCACGGCGCGGUCGUCGUGACGAGCACGAGCGGCGGCGAGGGGAACGAAGAGAGGGGGACGAAGGCGACGACGUACUCGGCGCUCGAGACGCGCGAGGUGCUUCGCGACGCGUUUCGCGACGGCGACGUGUUCGCGUUGCUCCACGUCCCGCCGACGUGGACGGCGGAGAGAGGGUACGCGUCGUGUCGGCCGGGGGUGUUGUGGCGGCAGCAGCGCGCGAGGGCGGUCCGUGACGGCGGGGGUGCCGACGGGGGUGCCGAUGGGGGUGCCCACGCCCGCGCGGACGCGUGGGGCCGGACGCUGCCGUCGCAACGUUUGGGAGAGACGCGCGCGAGCGAACGCGACGCGCGGUUCGUGCCGCAACUCGCGACGGACGCGCUCGUCGCGUCCACGUCCACGUCCACGUCCAUGGCAUCGUCCACGUCGGAUAGUAUCGUUGGAGGUGACACGUGUCGUGAAUCGAUUAGCUCGCGCGCGCCGAGCGCGUUCGUGAUUGGCCCGGGAACGAUCGUCGCGGACGACGCGCCGCGCGGGGACGUCGACGUCGUCUUCGCGUCCGACGGGGGCGGCGCCGCGGUGGUGACGAAACAAACGUGGCCGCAAGGGCACCCGUUCGCGCUUCUCGACGCCGUCGCCGUGGAGGCGCUGCGGGGGGACCCGAACGCGGGGGGGUUGCCUCUGUGGCUCACCGGCGGGUAG